AUGCCCGCCGCUGUUAAGCAUUUCUCGGCCGCCGCUGCAGACCCGCACAUCAUCCACCAAUACCUCAAGGCCGACGGCGUGGUGAUUGUGGAGGGUGCCACCACGCGCGAGACCAUCGACGCCGUCUUGGAGGAAGUCGGCACUGUCCCUGAUGGACAGACCUUUGCACUGGCAGCCAAGAGUGUGGCCUUCGCGACCCAGCUCCUGAUGAAUCCCCUGUACCUCGAUCUCAGCAACCGAAUCCUCACCGACGCAUGUAUCAUAUACUAUGAGCAGGAACGGACCGUGUCAAUCUCAGAGCCCCAGGUCUCGCAGACCUCAAUCUUGUCUGCCCAACCGAACAGCCUCCCCUGGGGCCUUCGUCGUCAAGACGAAUGCCACCACAUUUCCCACCCAGCCAAGCGCGAAGCCCAGUUGGGGAUCAUGUACGCUGCGCACGACCUCACCCGCGAUAACGGUGCGGUGCGCGUGGUCAUCGGGUCCAAUCACUGGACGGACUCGCGGGACCCCAACUCCGAGGAUGAAUAUCUCGUCGAGUUGCGCAAAGGCGACGCUUUGCUUUGGCUGGGCUCUACCUACUUCGGGCGCGCGGCAAACACCACCGACAAAGACACCGUGCUCUUGAGCGCGACCGCGACCGCAGGAUACCGCCGCCAGGAGGAGAACCAAUACCUCGCGGUGCCGUGGGAGGUGGUCGAGAGGUACCCUACGUCGGUGCAGCGGUUCCUAGGUUAUGCCGUGAGCCGACCGUACGGUGGGUCCGUCGAGCACAUGGAGCCCUUGGACUUUAUGAAGGUAAAGGGCGACUGGUCCAAAUAUAUCCCCGUGGAUCUGAUCUGA